AGGGAGGCUGCUGCAAUAUCGAAAGCAUCCAGCUUUCCGUGGCUGGGCUAUAUCGGGCCCGGGUCGGGAGCUAAACGUCUGGACUUCAAAAUUAGUUUUGCCGCUAACUGUGUGACCUAGGUUAAUUUAAUCUUGGAACCUCGUGUCUGUAAUUGGAAUAACGAUAGUACCUCUCAAGAGUUGUGAAGAGUGAAUGAAAAAACAGGACAGUUUCUGGCAGGUAGUGGAAUUGAGCUAUUUGCUGAAGUGUCUUUCUCUGAUAACUUAGGGGGAAAUUUACAUUUUGAUUUUUUCUUACCAUGGCUUUGGUUCACAAAUUCCUGAAUGGCACAUGUAUUCUCAGAAACUACCUGAAGCCGAGUGCUGCCUUGCAUUCAUUUUGGGGUAUUUACUUUGCAAACUAUUGUUCCAAUAGUCUUCAGAAACCAGUGGCUGCUUCUGGCAGAGCCUCCCAGGAGAGGACUGAAGAGGGUUUGCAAAGACAUCACCAGAAAGAAGUUGCUUUGGAUAUAACUUCUCCUGAAGAGAAGCCUGAAAUGAAUUUUGAUAAAGCAAUUAAAGAUGAAUUAAAGGACCAUUUUAGACGUUUGAAGGAUGAAAUCAUGAAUCACUGGGUGGGACCAGAAGGCCGCCCAUUGCAUGAUGUCUUGCUAGAACAAGCCAAGGUUGUCUGGCAGUUCCGUGGAAAAGAAGAUUUGGAUAAGUGGAUAGUCACUUCUGAUAAGACGAUUGGAGGCAGAAGUGAAGUGUUCUUGAAAAUGGGCAAGAAUAAUCAAAGUGCACUGCUCUAUGGAACUCUGAGCUCUGAGCCACCUCAGGAUGGGGAGAGUAGCCAAAGUGGGUACUGUGCAAUGAUAUCCAGGAUUCCAAGGGGUGCUUUUGAGAAGAAGAAGUCUUAUGAUUGGUCCCAGUUCAACACUCUGUAUCUCCGUAUCCGUGGGGAUGGCCGACCUUGGAUGGUGAAUAUCAAAGAGGACACAGACUUUAUCCAAAGGAAAAAUCAGAUGUACAGUUACUUCAUGUUCACCCGUGGAGGGCCCUACUGGCAGGAAGUCAAGAUUCCUUUUUCCAAAUUUUUCUUCUCAAAUCAAGGAAGAAUCCGGGAUGCCCAGUACCAGCUUUUGCUUGACAAGAUCUCCACUAUAGGAUUCACGUUGGCUGAUAAAGUGGAUGGUCCAUUCUUCCUGGAAAUAGAUUUUAUUGGUGUGUUUGCUGAUCCAGCCCACAGAGAAGAAUUUGCUUAUGAAAAUUCUCCAGAUCUUAACCCAAGACUUUUCAAAUAGAUAAGAACAUGUGGCAGUUUUGUAUGACUACAUUAUGGAUAGUAGCAGUAACUGUGAUGCUGGGGAUCUGGGGGCUUCACACAUGCCAGGCAAGGACUCUACCACACAGCUAAAUCACCAGGACAAAAUAAAGCAUUUGUCAAUAUCCAAUGAAUGGUGGUAUAAUAAUCCUUAAGAAUAGCAUUUGCCUCAUCUUAAGAGGAACAAGGCAUGAAACCAGGUUCUGAGCUCAUGUAAUACAAGUACUGAUGUAGAGGCACUCAAAUGUUUUUGUCAGAAUGGUUCCUAUUAGGAACAUUUCCUACAUGAGUAGGCAGGUUCCAAAGCGGAGAGUCUCUGAGAUCAGUGUUGAUAGCUUUCUACCAUUCUCUCCUUGCAGGUUUCUUUUUAUUUCCUAAAUCAUCUUUGAGAAAAGGAAACUGCUCAAGGAUAUUAAGAUAAAGAUGCCAUAAAAGUCACUUGAGAAAUGAGAUACCUGGUUUAGAGAGCUUGUCCUCCAAAGAUAAAUAAACCUUACUAGUUCUUCCUUUAUAGUGACUAUUGAUCAGUGGAGAAACUAGAUACUAGACUUCUGUCUCUAAAGCUUCCAAAGUUAUUUUAAGUAUUAGAGAUUGGACAUGCUAAAAAUAAGGCCCUGAUUAACUCACUUUGAUCAGUUUUUGUCAUAUUAGAAGGCAGGAAAUGAAUAUAUAGCCAGAGUACCAUAAGAGAGCCAAAAUUACAAAUAAAUGAUAUACAAAGUUAA